AUGUCGGACAGGAAGGCAGUGGUUAAAAAUGCGGACAUGUCCGAGGACAUGCAGGCAGAUGCCAUAGAGUGUGUCACACAAGCCAUGGAAAAGUUCAACAUCGAGAAAGACAUAGCAGCAUACAUCAAGAAAGAGUUUGACAAGAAGUACAACCCUACAUGGCACUGUAUUGUUGGGAGAAACUUUGGUUCCUAUGUCACCCAUGAAACAAAGCAUUUCAUCUACUUUUACCUUGGACAGGUUGCUGUUCUUCUGUUCAAGUCUGGCUGAGAAUAUGAAGCUACCUAAAAGAGAGAUUGUCCUUCAAGGAACUAAAAUAUAUAUCCUAAAUCUCCGUUGUGUAAAUAUAUUUUCAUUUUUAUUUAAUUUUUUUUUGUGUUGCAAAUACUAAUAUAAGGAUGUUUGGUGUGAGACAUGACUUUUGAUAUUCCUUUUCCAAAUAUAAGGUUUAACUAAUAUAAUUUUUUAUUUAUAAGUGGAGAGUCCUUAACUUAAAUGAGAAAUAAACUUAUUUAUCAUUCUGUGUGUAACAUUUCAUGUUCUUUGAUUAUUUCUGUCUUUUUAAUCUGUUUUGUGAGCAGACCUUGGUCAUCUAAGGAAGAAGUCAAAGAGGGCUUUUUAAUUUCUCUUGACUAUGUCAAUAAGCAUAACCUUACAUUUUUUCAAGGUUAUUUUAGUUUAAUAUGAAAGUUAACUCUGGGUGGGUUGAGUAGUGUUUUUACAAUCUGACCUUACAUCAAAACUGGAUUAACACAAACCUUCUUGUACUUGUGAACCAUGGAACAAAUUUGUCUUGGAAUGAAGGACAUAGCUCCCAUGCCCUGUUUUCUGUUAUACUAACAAUUUGAUGAGUAAGCAUGUCAUCAUAUAAUUUCAACAAGUGAAAAGGAAGUCCAUGAUAAUUAAGAUGUACUCUCCCUCUCCCAGGGAAUACACCAGAAUUUUCAGUGUGAGUGUGCUGCCUUGUUCCAUAAAUCCUUACUAUCAUUCAGACCAAACAUGCCAUUUUCCAAAGUAGUAUUCAGACCUUACUCAAGCCCAUUUAGUUAUAGGAAUACCUGUGUUUUGAGCUUUUUUUAUUUUUCCGAAAUUUUUAAAUUCUGAAAAUUUAUUCUCCCCUUGCAAUUUUUUUUUUUUUGGAAUUUUUGUCUUUAUUCCGUGCACGUAGAGUGGCCGGAAAUGGGGUGAAUUUUAAGAACAUAAUUCAGAGUUCGAAGACCCGUUCCGCAAAUGGCGGGCAUUAUUUACAAAACUCAACCGGGAUUUAUUAAUUUUUUUUUAUUCAAGUGCAAGGAAACUCGAUUCAGGAAUUCAGGAAACUUGCUGCUCUAAAAUUCUAAUAACACUUGAAAUGUCUCAAUAUAUAAUGGAGGAGUUCAAUAAAUCUCCAUCGACUUCCUCUCAGCGUCGCACCUCUUAAUUACAAAACUUGACUUAAGAAUCUUAUUUAAGAAUGCAAUCAGGUGACUGACACUGUCAAACCUUAUUUACUUAUUUACCUACUUUCCUAUUGACAUAAUACUUUCUAAAUCCCGGAGGUUAAAUUGGGAAAUCUGCAUUAGCCGAUGCCACCGGCCCCACACUUAUCAUACAGUGGAAAAUUCCUUAAAAAUUAUCCUCGAUUCGUGGCUCGGUAAUGGAGCAAUUUCCUCUCGAAACCUUUCAGAGUCAAACCCAGAGAGCACAUGUAAGUUCUUGUAACAUUUAUACAAAAUCUUACCGAUCUGAUUUAUAACGCAGAGAAGACAGACUUGUGGAUCUGUAAGGGCAUGUUACACAUGAUCUAGAUUGAAUUAAUCUCUUCUAAGUUUUACUAUGUUCUUAAUGUAAUUACGGGCCACAGCUUUACCACAGAUAGUUCUCUAAGGUACACAUCGACAGUCGUGAAAGACGCUUUAAUGUGCAGUUUUACAAAUCUAAAGAUGUGGAGACAACUUCUGCAAGAUUUAGGAAAGGGGUGGAAAGGUUGGGCUUUUGCCUAUCGGCAGUAACUGUUACUUACUGUUUCCAUCUUUAAAGCUAAAAAAAAAGGUCACGCAUUGAAAAAAUGUGUAGUAAAGAUUGUUGAUUCGAAUUCGAUUAAAAUCAGUUUUGAGUUAUUUUCCAGGCUGAGGACUAAACCAGUCUGCCGAUAUCUAACAAAAAAAGUUAAGCUUAUUUACUGCGUGACUUGAAUCGUCAUGAGAAGAGUGUGAACUUGGCGUGUGACCUGAUCACGCAAACAGAGGCAUUUCUCGCAAUGUACCCUGGGUUGAUAUAGGCUACCGAAAAAAGCUACGGAAUUUAUCCAAUGAACAAUACGCAUUAUAGUAAAUUAGGUGUUCCACGGCGUGGGUCUAAGACACCAAGGAAGCAAUGUUGUAUUUGUUUGAGAAAGGUGUUUGAUAAAGAGAAUUUCGGUGGCGAAGAUCUGUGAUAGUUGCGGAAAACUGUUUUUAGACAGGGUAAGUUAUCUAUUUCUUCUUUUUCGCCUCUUUCCUCGAUUACCCCAUAGGCGUGGUCACCGGGAAGGGUGAUGAGCGCGUGGAGAGAAAAACUAAUUAGAACGUUUUUGGUUGCCGCAGAUGACCGAUCGAAAAGCAGUAAUAAAAAAUGCCGACAUGUCUGAGGACAUGCAGUCAGAUGCUGUAGAGUGUGCCACACAGGCUAUGGAAAAAUUCAACAUUGAGAAAGACAUAGCAGCAUACAUCAAGAAAGAGUUUGACAAGAAGUACAACCCUACAUGGCACUGUAUUGUUGGGAGAAACUUUGGUUCCUAUGUCACCCAUGAAACAAAGCAUUUCAUCUACUUCUACCUUGGACAGGUUGCUGUUCUUCUGUUCAAAUCUGGUUGA